CAUUGUUUCAUGAUUGGUAUCUUCAGUUGUGAGGACUGCUGUGUUUUUGCAAGCCAGUACUAAGUCAUCAUAUCUUUAAGAUAUUUUUUUUCUCUUUGCCUUUACUUAAAGGUGUGCCUCUGACUUGUAUGGAAGCUUGCGGGAAGUAAGAAGUUCAUGUCCUCAGAAAUUUUAUGCAACCGCUGUGGAGGGGGUUCUUGCAACAAAAAAGUGUUUUUAGGCUUCCCUUGCCCAAGCAAAGGCACCUGGAAAACUAUACUUUCUGAUCAAAUUCGAUUUAAUUCUAAAAUUUGGUUUAAAUGCUCAAACGUUCAAGUAAAUUACCGAAUGACUUUUAUGAAUGAAGGCAUUUUGAAUUCUUCUAACACUAUUAAACUCCCUGCCGCGUCUACAGAACCGUCUCCAUCUCUAAGUCGCUUUAGCGAAAACAGUUUAUAUUUGCCCACCACGUUGUUAGCUGAAAGCACUUCACUUUUUCCUAAAACCUGCGCAACCUCUCCUUUAUCAACUCGCGUGAUGAAAGAAGAGAGUAGAGAUUGCAAUGCAGAAUUAAUAAGGAUGGAUAGUGACAUUUGUUUGGGGAAGGCUCGGCUUUGCGAGGAUAAAAGCGAAUAUUAUGAUAUUGCGGACACUCUUUGCCUUCCAAGUUCGCUCCUUCCGCCGAUUCACCCUCCAGACUCGCUGGUUGACCAGUUGACCAAUAACUCGCCUCCCACUGAAGUUGUGCUCAAAACUUGCGAGGCUGUCACGCCAGUCAAGUCUUUUCCCGCAACAUCGCGCACUGCCUCUCAGAAGGCUGGACGUUGGGAUGACGGCUUGCUAACCAACGAUAGUAAAGGGCCACCUUUGGCAGAUUCCGCAGUAGAAAUUGAGAGCAAUAGUCACCCCUACGGUGCAUAUCUCCACGAUUUGUUUUUUUCUAGUGAGAACGACAUUACUCAAGUAGAAACCAGCCCAGUAACAAGGCUUCUUUCGGAAGAGCCCUUGACGCCCAACACCACUGUUACUGGGUUUGUUACGGGCCACGGAAGGGCAAUUAAGGUUUCUACGGAAGCACAAGGGGCCUCAAAAAGGCUUCUUGACGAAGUUUUUCUCACCGAAGCACGAGAAGACCAAAAAAGGCAGGUUGCCUGUAACUUAAAAGCUUCUAAACGGCCUAUAAGCGAGCAGCCUUGUGGGCACGAAGUCCGCAGACCUGCCCUCGCCGAAGGUUCGGGGUCCGACCCUAAGAUAAGCAUCGGAUUUACAUCGGCGGCCGGAAAGCGCAUCACUGUCAACGCCAAUAGUUUAAGCGUAGCUACUAAGCUGCGGGACCAAUGCGAUCUGCAAUCGCGCAGCCUUCUGGCAGAGAGGGCGCACUUCCCUGAUUACAGAGAGAAUAAGUCAUGCAAAGGCCUACAAAAGGAUGGAAACUAUCAUAAAGGUGAUGUCUCUGAGCACCAACUCAAGCAAUUCAAAAGCAAAUGUCUUGACGAAGCCUGUGCUCACCCCGUUGAAGAGGAUCUACCCCCUCUUCUUUCGUCGCCCAACUCUUCAGCUCGGACCACUUCUCCCUCUGUUUUUCCUUGUAGAGCAAUUCGCUUUCCUGGCCUCUCCAGACGCCGCUCUGUUACUCCCUUCUUGACGGCGGGGCCGAAUGACUAUAAUCCUUAUAAAAGUCACGCCUGUGCCGAUGCCGCGUUGAGUGACGCGUGCAAUACCAUGCCAACAACAAAAGCGAGUGUUUUCCACUUACCUAGCGGCACGCAGCCCCGCCGAGUGUUCGAAUCGAAGUUCAUGGCACUGAGUCCUUCUCGCGAAGCGCUAAACGUUUCCUUAAGGCGGACCUCGUCCUGCGCUGCCUGGCACUUUGUUUUCAAAAUUUUUCCUCGAAGCGAACUGGAGAGGGGCGCGGUUUACUUCAAGGACAACUUUGCUAUUGAAAUUAAUAUAGCCACUCGGACUAUCGGCCUCUGCGAACUUCAACGCGCCUUUUAUCGGUUUCCCGGCGUAAACAAGAAGUUUGUGUCGCCCUCGUGGGUUAAGAACCAUUACCAUUGGAUCGUCUCGAAGCUGUAUAAUCAAGACCGCCUUUUUUCUCGAGGGUACCAAAUGCGCUGGCUGACUCCCCAAAACAUCUUAAGCCAGCUGCUUUAUAGGUACGAGAGGGAAGUCAACUGUUGCAACCGCUCAGCCGUUCGAUCCAUCCUCGAGAAGGACCAAAGCGCUGCUCGCUGCAUGAUUCUCUUUGUCUCGGACAUCUUCGAAACUCCAGACGCCUUGUGGCUCGAGCUGUGCGAUGGUUGGUAUGCCGUGAGUGCCCGUCUUGACCCUCUCUUGGCCGAGAAGGCGCGCCGGGGCUCUAUAUAUAUUGGCCAAAAGUUGCGACUAGCCGGUGCCCGAAUUGGUGGUAACCUGCCGAGUACGCCACUGGAAUUAGAGAGCCGGACGGAUGCAUAUCUAAUGGUAGACUAUAACUGCACCAGACGAGCAAAAUGCUUAUCCAAGUUGGGUUUCUGCAGGCGAGGGUUGUUUGUGCCCCUCCCGCUAGCUGGAUUCUCCAUGAAGGGUGGAUGGAUAGGCUGCGUUAUUGCUGUCAUUCAACGAAUAUAUCCGCUUCUCUACGUUACCCCUUCCCGCGUUGCAAGCCAUCCACCACUUAUUGGAGAACAACGGGCAAGCCAACGACAGUCGUCGGGCUUUUGGCAGGAGGGAAAAACUGCGAAGACGUUUUUUAUAAGGAUCAAGGUGGUUGACUGUAGCACUACCUCCGCACCAACUGGCACUGCUUAUAUCUGGAUAUAUGCGCCGUCCAUGGAACUUCGGGAGGCACUGAAAGAAGGCGCAAGAGUGCGCUUGUGUGGGCUUCUGCCCCGAAGGACGAGCUCUCCUCCGGGCGCUCUCUGUUUAAACACGACAUACAAGACCCUCUAUGGAUUGCUGCCGCCACCGGAUCCGUCCUGGGUCAAUAAGUGGGCACCACCUCGAACUCUAGCUACGCACUUUCAGUUGCUUUCUAUGAAGAGGGACGUGGAGGUGGACGUGCUUUGCUGUGUAAUCAAAGUGCUGCGCCCUUGUGGGCUUUCCAAAAGACCAGGACGGGAUUUCCACCAGGACGUUUUUGUUACCGGUGACGGCUUGGGCCUGAUGCUCGUCCGCUAUUAUGGCGGACUUGCAGGGAUAAAUCAUCACCGUGUGUGCAAGGAGGGCGCCUUUCUGUUGUUUGAGAAUCUCGUGUACAAGUGUGUUGAACCGUACACUAAAAUUCCCGUCUGCGAAGCCAACGGGUUCACCGUGUGCACCACAACAAUCAAGGCCACUUAUCAACCGGCAUUAAGCGCUCUAAAAGAAAAGAUGCAAGUUGUGCAGAGGUCACAGGGAAGUGCCUUCGCGCUCGACACUCUUUUCUACGGAGUCAUGAUCUUCCUUCAGUGCACGCACGGGGGCCCCGUUGCCUACCACUAUCCCCCCCCUCGGUUAAUGCCCUCCUCGUUGGCUUAUCUGUGUCUUCGGGCUGUUUCGCCAUCUACCUCGCGAACUGUUGACGUGCUGUUGGAUUACUUCGAAUCGGGGAGUAAAAAAACCGCUGAAAGUGCAAGCGAGCAUUCCGCCAGCACUGAAGACUGUUUGGCUACAAUCACCUCCCACUAUUCGUUUCCAGGAAGACUUAACGUCUGUGAUGUGAUAUACCAACAGAACAAAAUACUUCUAAUCCCCGACUUUUUGGUUUCCAGCGAUCAAACGAAAGAAAACUGUUUGAUCCACUUUGCUACCGAGAAACAAAUACGUUAUUACCAAAAUCAGAGGCCGGAGGGUGCCGUUACUGGCAUUAAACUUCUGGGAGUGUGCAGCUUUGGUUCAAGAAACUUUUUUAUCCAGCUCGGCUCAGUUGAAGUCAAUAAGCUCUUCAACUUAUUAACUUCCUCGACUAUCUUCUCGAGUGGACUUCUACAACUGGAGAUGAACACUUUUCUAAAGCGAACUUGUAAUUUUGAAAAACGUCCGCUGGCCGACUUUUUAUUAAGUAUAAGGCUUAUAAGGGAAAGUGGUUACGUAGCGAAUAGCCAGGAAGUGUGCCCAGAGUGCGAAGAUAGUAAUAAAAGGUAUGCAAUAAAACCGAGUGAGUGGCUACGCUUUGUUUCUCUCUUAAUACAUUUACUUACCGAACUUCGCUGGAAGGUUAGCAGCGAAGGCACACAGGUCCUUUUUGAAUUAUGUACUGCAUAUAACAUGUGAAACUGAAG